AUGAAUGCCCCUUCAGUUCUCUCUCUUCUCUCCGAUCUCAUCCAGAUCCCCAGCACUAGCGAACACGAACAGGAUGUCGCCCACUUCCUCGACGACCGCCUUACCCAGCUAGGUUACACCGUCGAAAGGCUCCCCAUCGCCAAUGGCUCAACCCGUGAAAAUAUCUACGCAUACCUUGGCUCCAAGCGCAAAACACGCGUCUGUCUCUCCUCGCAUAUGGACACGGUGCCGCCUCAUAUCCCCCUUCGUAUCGAGGGAUCCACCGUGUAUGGUCGCGGAGCAUGCGAUGAUAAGGGCCCCAUGGCUGCACAAAUCUGCGCACUGGAGGAGCUGCGGGCUGACGGUUUAGUUGGAGAAGGAGAUAUCGGGUUGUUAUUUGUUGUAGGAGAGGAGAAAGGGGGCCCAGGCAUGAUCGCUGCCAAUGAUCAAGGGCUCAGCUUUGAGGGAGUCAUCUUCGGCGAGCCAACCGAAGGAAAACUGGUAGUGGGCCACAAGGGCCUUUUGGUAUUUGAGCUGAUCGGAGAGGGCAAAGCUUGUCACUCAGGAUACCCGCAUCACGGAGUGAGUGCCAACGCGGCUUUAGUCGCAGCUCUGAACGACUUCCUCGCCAUCAAAUUCCCCGAAUCAUCGCUUCUAGGUCCAUCUACGUUCAACAUUGGCAAAAUAGAGGGCGGCGUGACCUAUAAUAUUGUCCCAGCGACGAGUACCGCUCUCUGCGCUAUUCGCGUAGCCACGGACAUGGUGGGGAUCAAGAAGAUUGUUUCGGAUACUGUCUCGCACCAUGAGAAUGUGAGAUUCGAGCUUAAGUUUGAAUAUCCAGAGACUCUAUUGGAUCAUGACGUCGAAGGCUUCAAAACCGCCCCUGUCUCCUAUGGCACGGAUGUCCCUCGAUUCAAGGGAAAUCAUAAGAAAUACUUGUAUGGACCUGGGUCGAUAUUGGUAGCACAUGGAGAAAAAGAGCAGAUUGAAAUCACAGCGCAAAUGCCGCCCGCUCGGAACGAAACGGAAAUCAACUCUCUCAGAGGCAUGCAACGGAGGAAUAACAGGCCACGAUCCCAGUCAUUCCAUAGUUUCGACUCCUUCAAUCAUCCACGGACUUUUAAAGACGAUAGUAUCCUCUGGUCUCAAAAGCUGCCGAAAGAAUCUUUAUCGUUAGAUGACCCACUUUAUACAGAAUCUAUUUUCGUCAUACCAAAGGGGGCACAAACGUACCAGUAUUGUGAGCAGAAACUAUUGGACGUACAGCACGAAAGGCGCAGAAACAAGAUCCGCAGAAUGCUAAGAGAGAUCACAGAAAAGGAGCUCGAAUUUGCAAGAGCCUUUGGAGAGGAAGAUGGAUAUGUUUACGAUUUUUCGACUCUCUGUGGUCCCCAAGCUAAGGACGAGCCCGAUCCUAAAAAGGAUGGCCGUCAUACUGCAACCACCAAGGACGAGGAGGGGAAGCCUGAGAUUGAGAAAGGAUUUACCAAUGGCGUCAAGGACCCAAAUUUUGAAUAUGACUCGGACGAUCUCUAUGCGCCCUGUCCUUUUAUUAUGGACAGAAAACGGAACGUCGACAACGCCAAAACUAGCACUACCGUCCCAGAUUCCAGCAUUAGUCCGUAUAGUCCAGAGGCCAAGGGCGAAGCCGAACCUGAACCCAAAAAUGAUGACUGUCAUGAUUCAACUACCAACGGCAAAGAGGUGAAGCCUGAGGAUGAGGAAGUAUCUAUUUACGACCUCAUGCAUCCAGAUACACAUGAUUUGGGUGCCAACACCAAAACUGGCAUGGCCUCGGGGUCUGGUAUAGAGACCACCCCCCACAACCCAUAUGGUACCUCCUUGGGUCUAUGGUUCGCCUACGACACAUGGGAUGCAUCUACAUUUUAA